AAAAAGUGAGGUUAUUUUUCGUUUUGUGAAUUUGUUUUUAAAAGCAUUUUUAUUUUGUUUGUGGUCCAAGAUUAAAAUUAAGGGGUUUGCUCUUCAAUAAUGAAAAUAUGAAAUAGAAUGGAAAGUGAGCAUCAUGAGAAAUCUUCUUUUUGGAAGAAAAACGUCAAAUCUGUAGCUGGAAGACCAAGCCCCAAGAGAGAUGCGAAAGACGUUAAAAAGAAUCCGGGUUCGACUUCGUUUCAAGAUUUCCAAGCUUCCGUGAGCGAUGCUUGGGAUCUGGAUGAUGAUGAAUUUUGCGUUAUAUCUGGACUAGAAAAUACAAAAAUAUCAAAGAAGGUUGCGCAUUCUGCAGCUCUCAACGUACUGAAUAGUCAUAGGAAUACGACUGAAUCUGAUUCAUCUUUAGAUAAAAAAUCUAGCAAGAAAACGAAUAACGGACCAGAAACAAAUAAAACCAGUCGAAUACCAGGACCAGGACGUCCUAAACCAAUACUUAGAAUAAAUAGUGAUCAAGAAAGUGUCGAAAAUAGGUUAGAAAGGUUUCAAAUUCUAUUAGAAAAUUCGACCGAUUUACACGAAUUAUGCGGUCUUAGUUGGUCAGGUGUACCAGCUAAAGUGAGGGGUAUCACAUGGAGAUUAUUGUCCGGCUAUCUUCCAAUGAAUAUGGAAAGAAGAAACCAAGUAUUGGAAAGGAAACGCAAAGAUUAUUGGUCGUUGGUCGAAAAGUAUUAUUAUGUUGAACACGAUGAAACUAAUCGUGAUAUUCAACAUCAAAUCAACAUAGAUGUGCCAAGAAUGAAUCCUUCUAUACCGUUAUUUCAGCAAAAAACAGUUCAAGUGAUGUUUGAACGGAUAUUAUUCAUUUGGUCUAUACGCCAUCCAGCCUCCGGUUACGUUCAAGGUAUUAACGAUUUAGUAACACCGUUUUACAUAGUUUUCCUGCAAGAAUAUCUGAAAGACGACGAGCCUUUCGAAAAAUGCUUUGUCGAUCAAUUAAGCGAAGAGCAACGAAGAAUCGUAGAAGCCGAUUCAUUUUGGUGCUUGUCAAAAUUCCUCGAUAGCAUCCAAGACAAUUACGUUUUCGCACAAAUCGGUAUACAAAAGAAGGUGUUGCAACUCGAAGAGUUAAUCAAAAGAGUAGAUGAAACUUUGCAUAAGCAUUUAAAGGAACAUAAUGUUAGUUAUUUACAAUUUUCGUUUCGGUGGUUGAACAACCUCCUGACGAGAGAAUUACCUUUAAGAUGUACUAUCCGUUUGUGGGAUACCUAUCUUGCAGAGAACGAUUGUUUUGCUACCUUCCAGUUAUACGUUUGUGCUGCAUUCUUACUUUAUUGGAAAGAUCAACUGAUGCAGCAGCACGAUUUUCAAGGUCUGCUCAUGCUGCUUCAAAAUUUGCCUACCCAGGCCUGGACUAGUUCUGAAAUUAGUUUAAUGGUUGCAGAGGCCUACAAAUUAAAAGUUAUAUUUGCUGAUGCUCCUAAUCAUCUUCUAAGUAAUAACUCUAGUGAUAAUUGAAUUAGUUAGAUUUUUAUUGAUAUUAACAAUGUGUCCAAUGUUAUAUUUUUUGUAUCGGGUUCUUUAAUUACAUUGUUAAAGUACAACUUUUUAA